UAUCAAAACGUCAAAUCAAAACAACAAUCGUAACCAACGUAUCGCGGAUUUGUAGCGGUUUGGUAGCGGUUAAACAUUUUAUUAAUAAAUAAUAUUGAAUCGAAAUGUACUAAACAAGUAAGUUUAAUUGUAAAUUAAGUAUAAAAACUCAACAUGGAGAAAGUAAACUGGAGUUUACUUGCGAUAUCACUAUGUGUUUUGCUGUGGGGUGUGGCCGGCCAGUAUGAAUGGCAAAUUCGUGAUGCAUUCGACGAAAUUAGAGGCAAAAUCGACAAAGUAUCAGCCGAUAACUGCUUUAUCACUCAUCUGGAUGAUUUGUAUUUACCAGAAGAUUCAGUUUCCCACCAUCCUGAUGUGAAGGAGAUAAACAUAAACCCAGUGUUCCCGAAUCGUACAGCGAUGUUGCAUUUACACAACAUGGCUAUGAACCGGGCGUUUUUCUGGAGUUAUAUCCUUCAGUCUCGGUUCAUUAGGCCAGCUAUCAACGAUACUUACGACCCUGGAAUGAUGUAUUACUUCUUGUCGUCGGUGGCCGACGUGUCUGCGAAUCCUUACAUUAACGCCAGUUCGAUAUACUUCUCUCCGAAUAUGUCGUAUACGUCUUCGUACAGAGGAUUCUUUAAUAAAACUAUGCCUAGAUUUGCGCCUAGAGCAUUUAGGGCAGAUGAUUUCAAUGACCCUGUACACUUGCAAAAGAUAUCCACAAUGAAUACAUUUCAUGUUGAGGAUCUUGGUGCGUUUGACCCGGAGAGUUUGUCUAAGGAUUACACUUCAGAGUUCUAUAGAAUUAAUGAGUGGUACAAGAAGUGGCUACCUGACAGGGUGGCGAAGCGCCAUGACACAAAGACUACAUACCAGGUGGAGAUCAGAUAUGCCAACAAUACAAAUGAGACAUUUACAUUCCACGGACCUCCAGGCAAUGAUGAGAACCCUGGACCAGUGAACUGGACCCGUCCGUACUUUGACUGCGGUAGACUGAAUAAAUGGCUUGUAGCAGCUGUUUCUCCUGUGGCUGACAUUUACCCUCGCCACACACAGUUCAGACAUAUUGAAUAUCCUACGUAUACUGCAGCUGUUGUGAUGGAGUUAGACUAUGACAGGAUAGACAUAAAUCAGUGUCCGCCGAGUUUGGGUAAUGAUCGACCGAAUAGAUUUGCUUCAACGGCAAGGUGCAAGGAAACUACUGAGUGUGAACCGCUGCAUGGCUGGGGCUUCCGUCGCGGAGGGUACCAGUGUCGGUGCGCGCCUGGCUACCGACUGCCAAGUAUCGUGCGACGGCCUUACCUCGGAGAAAUCAUAGAGAGAGCCACCUCUGACCAGUACUAUAAUAACUUUGACUGCAAGAAGAUUGGAUGGAUUCAGCGUCUACCGGUGCAAUGGGAGCGGGCGCACCCGUUCCUGCGCGCGAUGUACAUGGACCGUCACUACGAGUACGUCAACGCGUCGUCCGGGCCCGCCGCGCUGCACACCGAGCGAGUCAACGUCUACGAAGUGCUCAACUUCAUCAGAGGAGUGCAGCCUAAUAAUUGUUCCAAAUACAAUCCCUCAGAUUUAUUCCUCAACGGAGACAUUGCGUUUGGUCAUGAAGAACAGUUCGAAAACCAGGCGAAGAUGGCUGUACGACUUGCUAAUUUCAUUAGUGCAUUCUUACAAGUGUCAGAUCCUCAAGAGGUAUUCAGCGGUAACCGUGUCGCUGAUAAGCCACUGACUGAAGAUCAGAUGACGGGAGAGACACUCGCCCUUGUACUUGGAGACUCCAAGAUUUGGUCGGCUGGUACUUACUGGGACAGAAAUAAGUUCACUAACAGGACUUUCUUCGCGCCUUUCGCUUACAAGACUGAGUUGAACACUAGGAAGUAUAAACUAGAAGAUCUGGCGCGAUUGAACAAAACUGAGGAAGCUUACACUAACAAACCAUGGUUCCAAUUCUUGAAACAACGUUGGUCGACGAAUUUCGAUAGCCUCGAGCAGUUCUUCCUCAAAAUGAAGAUCAGAGAUGAUGAGCUUGGAAAGUACUUGAAGAAAUAUGAAAGGUUCCCUACUUACUACCGAGCAGCUAACCUGAAACAUGGACACUGGACGAGGCCGUACUAUGACUGCGAUGGUCACGUUAAGCAGUGGGUUAUUACUUAUGCCGCACCAUUCUUCGGAUGGGAUAGCGUCAAAGUCAAGCUUGAGUUCAAAGGCGUGGUAGCAGUAACAAUGGCAUUGAUGUCUUUAGACAUCAACCAGUGUCCGGACAAGUACUACGUGCCAAACGCUUUCAAAGGAACCGACAAAUGCGACAGGAGCUCCUCAUAUUGCGUACCAAUCUUAGGCCGUGGUUUCGAAGCUGGCGGUUACAAAUGCGAGUGUCUACAAGGCUACGAGUACCCAUUCGAGGAUCCGAUCACGUACUACGAUGGACAGAUUGUUGAAGCUGAGUUCCAGAACAUUAUUGCUGAUAAGGAGACAAGAAUCGACAUGUUUAAGUGCAGGUUAGCCGGUGCAGCGUCCAUACAGAGCAGUCUCAUUGUUAUAUUGACUGUUUUAUUCCUUGUUUUCAAACUGAGAUAAGGCUUUAAAGUAUGAUAGUACUGGCAGGUCAACUUUCUUCCAAUAAGUUAGUCGAUUUUUAACUAUAUAGCGUUGUUUUUAAAGUCGAUGUUUUAUUGAAGAAAAUUGGCAACUUGGAUAGGUUGAUGAACGAUCUAUGCGAUUGUAUUUACGGACAAAAGUAUAAUACUAUAUUGAUGACAUGAUAACAAUUUAUAUAUUGAAUCCGAAUGAACAUAGAAAAGUGACGUUUUUCUUGAGUUGUGAUGGCAGUUUAGAAAGUAGAGAGAAUCUACAUUAUUUUCUUAAUCUGCAGCUGCUAAUUUAGGUCUACUUUACUAUACAAUUAGUAUACAAGUCAGUCAGCCUUUCUUAUUUUUAGCAUUAUAAAUCUUGCGUAAAAGGUUUGCAAUAUUAUAGUCACGAUUAUGUAGGUAGCAUACAUUACUAUCCAUUGCAAUAAAUUGCGAAAUAGAGACUAGUCCGUUUGGAAACAAACCACCGUACUCAGAGUUAUUUAAUGGUUACUUUUCGGAACAAAAUCGUUACUAAGGAAUAGUUUAAGUACUCAUUAAACGACUCUGAGUACAGCAACAAGAAAAAGAAAAUAUUUUUUCUCUAUUCAUGUGUAGUAAUAUUGGCAACUUCUAAAAAGAGUAGUUAUACGUAUCAGUAUAAGGUUUAAUAUCCGCUAAACAUAUCAAUGUUUUGCUAUAGACUUUUUAUGAAACUGUUGAUCUGAUAUUUUAUACACCCUAAUAGACUGUAGAAACGCAACACAAGACUAUUAAUACAUAUUAUAUAACACUUUAAAUAAAUAGAAUUAACUAUAAGUAAAUGCAGCUCUAGAUACAUAUACAAGACUAAAAACUGACAUACUAAUUUAGCAAUAGGAACAAAUCUACCUUUCAUAUAAAAAAUCAAAUGUUUAAGGCUGCUAUUAUAAUGACAACUAAACCUAAAAAGGUUUUUACUACUCUAUAGUGAUAUUAUAAUUCCUGCACAAAGCAGCUGAUAUAAGGUAAGCGUCCACAGGCCCGCAUCGCACGCAUCGCACGCAACGGAUUUUAGUUUGCCUUGUAUAGAAACGCAUACAACUGCGUCCACUGAUCCGCAUCGUACGGACCGCAUCAUCGGCAAUGCCUACAUACGAUGCGUACUGAUGACGUCAUACGGAAUGCGUACGAUGCGUACGAUUGGGCUUGUCGACGUUUACCUUUAGAAAUAGAAUCUCUAUGCAUUUACUUAAUAUUGUAUGUAUUUCUCUAAUGAACUAUUAUUAUUUAGAUUUUAUUUUUUAACAUAAUGUAGCUUAAAUUACUGACUUAAUUUUUAUACACACUUUGUGUAAGUGUUAACAGAAGGCCGUCCAUUAAAGGCUGAGAUCUUUACAAAUAUUACUGUAUAUUGAUAUUAUUACGUUUUUCAUAGCAACUGUAAGAAUUAAUUUAGAUAAGAUUUGCUAUAUACUUAGUUUUAAGGUGACACAACAUUUACCACCGUACUCAGAGUCAUUUAAUGGUUACUUAACCCAGUCCUUAGCAAUAGCUAUAGCUAAGGAUUAGUUUCAAGUAAUCAUUAAAUGUCUCUGAGUGCGGCAGUUAGUUCCCAUAAAAUCUUCUUUUUUGGUUGCAAUAAAUUUAGUUUAUUUUUGGGAUUAAGUGUAGUUAUGCAUUUAGUUUAAAUGAAUAUUAAUGGGAGAUACUAAUUUGCUUUGCACAUAGCUUCGUAUAACUACUGACAGUGGAAGAGAAAAAAAAUUAAAAAUUCAUUUUGAAGAAAAAUAAACCUAAGGAAAUUAUCUAAGAGGGUCUUAAUAAUUAAAUAAAAUUAGUACAAAUUACAACAUUAUAGGCAGCUACACUUUACAGAGUAUUGGUUGUUGCAAUGUGCAUUGUAAGUUUUUCUAUCAAAAACCAAAUAACUUUUAUAAGACGUUUAUUUUGCACACAGACUCAAUAGAAUGUGUCCUAAUGGAAUCUCAAGGAAAAGGACGAAUGACCUGCUGAGUUAAUUCUUUAACUACCAAUUCGAGCUUUGGAAGUGAGUUCGAUCACGAUCCGCCAUGUUAUUGGCUGUGAAAAUAAUCUCGACCAAUGACAGGCGAGAGCGCGAUUGAGUACAUUUCCAUCUCUCGAAUUGAAAGUUACAGAAUUGUCUAGCUGAUAUUAUUUUUAUAUUUAUGAUUAUGUGUAUUUUCUCUUCUAUGAAACUUUUAUUAUAUUUUUAUAUGAAUAACUUAUAUUUUAUUUACCAUGGAAUUCGUAACACUUGUUAAAUAAGUAAUACAGUAAUCAUUCAUUGCACAAGUUACUUUAUUUUAUUAAACAUUUGUACAUGUCAAUAUGUCAGAAUUGCUUUUUUGUUUAAUUGUAUUAUUGUCUAAUAUGAUAUCUUACAUUACCAUGUAUAAUUGAUGUAUGACUGAUAUUUACAUUAUAUUUUAAAUUGAAUUCAAACUCUUAUUUGUAAUAUCAAUCAAAUGAUAAAAUAACAAUUUUUAUGGGACUGUUUCACAAUGUCUGAUUAAGUUGUUUUUAACUUAACUGACAAAUAUGUUACACACAUUUCGUAUGGAAACUAAGCGAUAGUUUCCUUCUGUUAGACUUAAAGGAAACUUAACAAACAUUGGGAAACAGCACUAGAUGCUAUGGAUCGUAUUAUGCAAUGUAAUAUUUAAAUGUACUGUGAUUAUUCAUCUCAUUCUUACAUUAUAAUGUUUUGCACAUAACUCCACAAAAGAGUAUGCAUAUUGCAUACAUUGGUAAUGCAAAGUAAGAAUGGAGAUUGUGUGUCCAUUUCAUUUUAUUUUCUUUCCAUAUUCCAGUGUUUAUCAUUCCACGUGAAUUGAAUGUUGAUGUGAAAGUACCGUCCAUUACAGUGCCUUUUAUUGUAAUAUUUUUAAUAAAAUCUUUGAAAUA